GCAGAUAUUGGCGUGUCCCUGGUGUCGGGAACAGCUAUAGCCAUCAACUCGGCGGAUAUCGUUAUACUAUCCGGCGGUUUGAGGGGCUUGUUGGAGACAAUCACGGUGUCGCGUCUGACCUGGCGUCGCAUCGUGUUGAGCCUCUCUUGGGCGCUGUCGUACAACGUCUUGGCCGUGCUCUUUGGAUCUGGGCUCCUUGUUGAUAUCCGCGUACAGCCUCAAUGGGCUGGAUUGGUGAAGAAGCAGAAAGCAAAGAAGAAUUUCGAUGACAGUAGAGGAUUCACUUAACAUUUCUACACAUGGAAACCAAAAUUUCGCUCUCCUGAUGGUAGUUUUUAUAUGUACAGUAGGCUUGGUCUUUUGUCGAGCAUUCGCAUUAAUCACAGGUUCGUGGCAUCUUAACUUCAUCCUUCGCUUUUUCUUGCUGCUUGAAGGUCGCUCCUGGUACAGGAAUAUAUAUAAUCCUUGUAACGAUUUUUUGUGGCAAUAUCACCAUGACCAGAAUACGGCCCGAGAGCUGCCUUUUUUAUUAAUGAAAAAACGUCUAGUCUUAACCGAGUCUAAGCUACUGCUUGUUAGUUCCAUCGAGCCAGAAGUUUGUCUUUAGGUAGUAAGAUGUCUGGGAACUCCUGAACCGUGAGUACGUACUAUGUG